CUAGCCAUGUGUGCACAGCGCAUGUAUUAUGGUGAUGCAAUCGCUUUGCAAGGAGUGACUUUUGUGUGCGACUCAACUCAUGUGAAUGUUCACGUUGUUUUCGAAUAGAUCCACGACAAGUCCUUGCUUUUGGCCUACUAGGAAUUUCAGGGUUUCAGAGAUCUACAAGGGGUGAAUCAAACUCAACUCAAGAUGGCUACAGUGGAGGAGAAAAUGGAACUGAUUACUAGAAAUUUACAGGAGGUGCUUGGCAGAGAUAAAUUGGAGACGAUGUUAAAUGAGGGGAAAGACAUUGCCGUCUACUGGGGAACUGCUACGACCGGCAAGCCUCACAUUGCUUACUUUGUCCCCAUGAGCAAGCUAGCGGACCUACUAAGAGCAGGAUGUCAGGUGACGAUCCUCCUUGCUGAUCUCCAUGGUUACCUUGACAACAUGAAGGCACCAUGGGAUCUGCUUGAACUAAGGACCAAAUACUAUGAGCACAUCAUCAAGGCCAUGCUGGAAUCCAUUGAGGUCCCUAUCGAGAAGCUUAGGUUUGUGAGGGGAACGGAUUACCAGCUUAGCAAGGAGUACACCCUUGACGUGUACAGACUAUCAUCGGUGGUCACUGAGCACGACGCCAAGAAGGCUGGAGCCGAGGUGGUCAAGCAGGUGGAUCACCCCCUUCUCAGCGGUCUACUCUACCCUGGUCUUCAGGCGCUAGAUGAGGAGUACCUCAAGUGUGAUGCACAGUUUGGAGGCGUCGAUCAGAGGAAGAUAUUUACCUUUGCUGAGAAGUACAUGCCUCAACUUGGCUAUGCCAAGAGAAUACAUCUCAUGAAUCCAAUGGUGCCUGGUUUAACAGGAACAAAGAUGAGCUCAUCAGAGGAGGAUUCAAAGAUUGAUCUCUUGGACGAUGCUGCGGCUGUAAAGAGGAAAAUCAAAAAGGCAUUCUGUGAACCAGGGAACAUAGAAAACAAUGGAGUAUUAUCAUUCGUCAAGUAUGUGCUUCUACCAAACUUAAAAACAGACUUUGUGAUUGAGAGGAAGGAAGAGUUUGGAGGAAAUAUUAGCUUUUCAUCCUAUGAUGCUCUGCAAGAGGCUUUUGCCAAAGGGGAUGUACAUCCUGGUGACCUGAAGACUGCAGUGACAAGGGAACUCAAUAAGAUCCUGGAUCCAAUCAGACAGAAGUUCUCUAGUCCUGAACUCAAGAAACUAACCUCAAAGGCCUAUCCUCCACCUCCAAAGAAAAAGGGAGGAGCAGCUCAAGCUGGAGGAGGAGCAGCAGCAGCAGCAACUGAAGAGAUCAUUCCAUCUAGAUUAGAUCUUAGAGUUGGCAAAAUCAUCUCAGCGGAAAAGCACCCAGAUGCAGACUCGCUCUACUUGGAGAAGAUUGAUGUUGGUGAAGAACAACCUCGGACGGUCAUCAGCGGUCUAGCGGGUGUGAUCCCUCUUGAAGACCUUGUUGACCGCAUGGUGGUCAUGUUAUGUAAUCUAAAACCACAGAAGAUGAGGGGGAUUGAGUCACAGGCGAUGCUCAUGUGUGCUUGCAUAGAGAAUGAGGAUCCAAGACGGAUUGAGCCUCUUUGCCCUCCAGAGGGCAGUGCACCGGGUGAUCGUGUUUUCUUUGAAGGCUACGAGAAUAAGUCUCCAGAUGAAGAACUCAAACCCAAGAAGAAGGUCUUUGAAAAGCUUCAGGUUGACUUGAAGACAUCAGACGACGGAACAGCUCAGUGGCAAGAUAAACCUUUUCAGACCAAGCUUGGCUUCAUCAGAGCACCAACACUCAAGAAUGCUUCAAUACGCUGAUUACAUCUGAUCUACAUUCUCAUAUUUUACCAUUAUUUUGCUAAGUGUUGCAGAUACAUUGCACAUUUGAGUCUGCAUAAGUCUCUCUUUUCAAUUUGAAUAAUCAUCUGAAGUUGAAGCUAUUUUUCAGACCAAAUUGUUCAAAGUGUACAUUAUUUAUCUCUCUAAGUCUGAUACUUAUGGUCACAGGAAAAUGGCUUUAAUGGCCAAACCUAUCUUAUCUCUGUUAAUAUGAUCAUGGAAAAUAAAGAAACAAGAAAAAUAUAUACAGCUCCUUAUUGCACUUUCUGCAAUUGCAUUGGUAGAGAAAAAGGACUACAUUUUAUUGCGAUUAUGCCAGAAAAUAUGUAGAAUAAUCCCAUCGAAGACGAAGAUGAGUAGAACUUAGUCAGUAGUCACAUGAAGUAGGCAAACAACAGUUGCGAUGUUUCUGCUGCGAACUGCAAGCCCUUUUCAUGCAAUAUGGACUGAUCACUGCUGCAAGUGUCCCUUAUAGCAUAAGCUACAUUCCAAAGGCGACAGAAUCGCUGCGUUGCUGUUGGUCCGUGAAACCGGCCAAUCUGUCUCAUUCACAUGACGUUCUUGUGCCGUAUUACAGCAACCCUUGGAUGUUCUGUUGUCUUCCAUGUUUCAAUUGGGGAGAGUACAACAAGGAACUUUAUAUUUGCUGUGUUCUUUGCCAUUACAUUCAUAGUGUAUCUCAUAAGAGAAGUCACAGAGGGGUGAGGUCACAUUCAUCUGUCCAAGCCUUUCGUGGGAAUUGCGGGCGACUAUGUUUUGGUACCCGCAGGUCGCCCACAUGACAGUAUCUUGCACGUAUCAAACAAACAGUUGCCCGUAGGGGUGCAUGCAAGUCUGAUUUACCUGCAGAAAGGUUUUGAACAUGCUCAAAACUCUGUUGCAUUGUCUCUUCUCUCCUUCCUCUUUAAAUAGAUAAUCCUCUUCGAUCUUGAAAGUUCAUCUGUGCUGGUUGAAAAUAUCAAAUUAUAGUCCUCUUGUAGAGUACCCAAAUGAUCUUGCCAGAGAGCAGUCAUGGUUGUAAACAAGAAAUCCAUGUAUCAGUCUUGUAUCAUUGGGUUAAAUCUGGGACUUUUUUUUGUUAGUGACCAUUGUAAUCUGAGCUUGGGCAAGUUCAAACUACGAAACACCAGAAAUAUUCCUUAUAAGGUUGCAUAAUUUGGAAAUUGAUAGAAUAUUUACAAAUGAGAAUUUUAUGUCUGUGGCUGAGUGUACAAAUUGAUUAGAUAUAUAGAAUUAAAGAUUUAUUAGGAAUAGGAAUUUCCUUUAUAAAAAAAAUAGGGUAUGCUUCCAUUAAUCUGCCUUCAGUUAAUGUAUGUACAGCGAUAUACCAGGCUAUUGCUGAAAAUGAUUGAUUACUUAGUCAAAAUAAGGGAUUUCUGUAUUGCAGAAAUUUGAAUUUUCUUUGUAUUUAUGCCUCUACCAGGGGGUUGUUAAGGCAGAAAGAAUUCACUGUGGCUAAAAGCUUAAACUGGUGCAGAGUUGCACUUGAUGUUUUUCUGGUCUACAUGAAAAAAUCUUGAUGUAAUAUUUCUAAAAUUAUUCCUUGAUUUAUUAAAUUGAAAUGUUGAAAUGAUAUGCAUUAUACUUAGCAUUAAACUUUGCCUUAUGCAUGCCAAAUAGUGUAAGAAAAGGGAUUUCUCAAGUGAAGGGAGAGAGGGGGCCAAAUGGAAAUCAUUGUCAUUCAUGGACAUACCUUAUGAAUAAACAAUCUUCUAGUUGUGAUUUAACCCUGAAUCUCCCGGGGUAUUUUGAUUCUUGUCAUUCCUGGGGGGGGGGGGGCAUUAUGGCUCCCCCUUAAGAUCUCAGCAGCGGAUUGCGUGAUCACAACGAAAAUUUGCAUGAUGGUAGAGUAUGCAGUUGCAUUGGUAAAUUUCACUGAAUUCAUAUAUUCUUUAUUUUUAU